AAUCCAACGAGUCUCGCUCGAUGCUGGUAUCGCCGAUCUCCCCGCGCUCGAAAUUUCGGUCGCGGCAGUCACGCAUUCAUGUCCAGAUAGUCGCGAGCCAAUAGUACAGCCUCGGUGCACUCACUCGUACCAUGUUCACGUAGUUGCCGGUGGGGUCGGUGGUGGGGGAUAUGAUGCUAGUUCCGCCGUCGUCGAUGGCCCAGUCCAAGAUGCUGUACCAGAUAAACAAGUUCUACACCGAGAAGGUCCAGGCCCGCAAAAUGCACAUACAGAGAACGAUCCGGGACAUCUGCAAGAUCGUCCAGGACGUCCUAAAGGAGGUCGAAGUCCAGGAGCCGCGUUUCAUAUCGACCCUCAGCGAGUGCAACGGGCACUUUGAGGGCUUCGACAUCAUAUCCCCGGAGGAGUUCGAGAUAACGCUCUUCCUUAACCAGAUGGGCAUCUUCAACUUCGUGGACGAUGGCACCCUACCCGGCUGCGCGGUCCUCAAGCUCAGCGACGGCCGCAAGAGGUCCAUGUCCCUCUGGGUGGAGUUCAUCACUGCGUCGGGCUACCUGUCCGCCAGGAAGAUCCGGUCGAGGUUCCAGACCCUCGUGGCCCAGGCGUGCGACAAAAGCGCCUACAGGGACAGGGUGAAGAUGAUGGCUGACACGACGGAGGUGAAGCUGAAGAUCUGCGAGCGUUUCGUUGUCCAGAUCACGCCGGCGUUCAAGUGCGCGGGGGUGUGGCCAAGAUCCGCGUCUCACUGGCCAAUACCUCACGUACCCUGGCCUUACCCGAGCCUCGUGGCCGAGGUCAAGACCGAGGGCUUUGACCUGCUGUCGAAGGAGAGCGUGUCAAUGCAGGGCAAGCAGUCGGCUAUGGAGGGGGAUGCCUGGGUGUUGUCCUUCAGCGAGGCUGAGAAUCGACUGCUUCAAGGCGGCUGUCGCAAACGGUGUCUGAGCAUCCUGAAGGCGCUGAGGGACCGGCACUUGGCCAAGGCGCCUGGGAACCCGGUGAGCAGCUACCACAUGAAGACUCUGCUGAUGUACGAGUGCGAGAAGCACCCGCUCGAGACGGAGUGGGACGAGUCGAGUUUGGGUGACCGUAUAAACGGGAUAUUCCUGCAGUUGAUCUCGUGCCUGCAGUGCAGGAGGUGUCCGCACUAUUUUCUACCGAAUUUGGAUCUGUUCAAGGGAAAGUCGCCGAGUGCUCUGGAAAACGCGUCCAAGGUCGUCUGGGGACUUACGAGGGAGCUACUGAUGAACAGUCGUGCUUUCGAGAAACUUUAGCUUGGGAAUUUCAUUGGGAAUAUUAAAAACGUUUUUGUUUGUAUUUAUACGUGUACAAAUUUGUUUAUUUAUUUAUUUAUUUACUUAUUUGUUGACUUUUUUUAUGAAUCUAAAUGUAUGUAUUCUGUUGAAGGUGCGUGGGCAGUCGCGGUAAGUGUUUGUGAUGAAUCAACUCAAGCUAUUAAUAUAUUCCGAGAAGUAAAUGAUUGAGUGUACGAGUUUAUGUUGCUUUCAAGUACAUGCAUUGUUUUACUUCGAUGCUCCACUGUAGUACACGUACGUCUGUAUGAGAAGUGAAGAAUUUGUGAUAGACGAUAUUACUUCAAAGACUAUUCGUUAUACUAAAGACUAAAAUAAUUUUUAAAUUGUUCGACGUUAAGAAAAGUGAAAAAAAAAGCUGCACAGAGUUAAAAUAUAUUAUUUAAAAGGGUAAAUUAAAGAAACACGUUGAUGUUGCAAUACCAGGAUAAUUCUGAGUGUUAAUAAUAUUACUCUGUUAGUGCAAAUAAAAUAUUUUCU